AUGCACUCGUUAAGAAUUACACUUAUUCCGAAAGGUGAUGUAAGCUCGGUGUUUAUCCGUCUUCCCCCCGCCAACGUUACGGUACUUCAGGGCUGGGAGGCGAGAUUCUUGUGCCAGAUUCGAGAACAGCGCGGCACUGACUACGUUUUCUGGAAGAAGGUUCACAGCGAUGGAUUUACAGACCUAAUUUCAUAUAACCGGAACGUGGUUAACACAAAUAAGUACACGGUGGAAAGUGACUACACGAUGAGGGUGCGAGAUGUUAUUUUGGACGACGAGGCUUGGUACGAAUGUCAAGCAGGGGUCGAUAGAGCAAAGGCUUUCCUCAGCGUUAGCGUAAUGGCAGCAAACAUGACAUUGUCGGUGUACCCUGCACCCCCGUUUACCGGAAGUACGUUGGUCAACCUGACGUGCCGCGCUCAUCACAGUCGCCCACCUGCAGAUAUCCACUGGUUCCACGGAAAGACUGACGUCACUACGCUCUCGUCUGUCACAUGCCUCAAAGCCGUUGGCGUUGAUGGUUUCGGGAGCACAUCGAGCGUUUUAACCGUUGCGGUAUCAAAUGACGGCCUCUCGUAUCGCUGUGUAGCCUCACUUCCGGGAACUGACGCAACACUGGACCAGAUAUUCUCACCACUUACUUACGGCGCAUCAAGCGCUGCAUCUAUCGUUAUUCCAGACGUGUUGUUCAUGACGAUGAUUUUUCUUAUAAGCAGUUUCUGAAUUAUGUUAAUUUCAAUGGAAGUACUCUCAACCAAAUGAUG